AUGUGGCAAGCCCCGGACAGGAUCGAGAGCGACCAGUGGCCUGAGCGAGCGAGAGAGGGAUCCGGCUUGUCAAAGGCGCUCGGCAAGCUCUUUGGCAACAAGGAGAUGCGCAUCCUCAUGCUCGGCCUCGACGCAGCAGGCAAGACGACCAUCCUCUACAAGCUCAAGCUCAACCAGUCGGUGACGACCAUCCCGACCGUCGGCUUCAACGUCGAGACCGUCACGUACAAGAACGUCAAGUUCAACGUCUGGGAUGUCGGCGGGCAGGACAAGAUCCGACCGCUGUGGCGACACUACUACACGGGCACCCAGGGCCUCGUCUUCGUCGUCGACUCGCAGGACCGCGACCGCAUCGACGAGGCACGCGUCGAGCUCCACAAAAUCCUCAACGACCGCGAGAUGAAGGACUGCCUCUUGCUCGUCUUCGCCAACAAGCAGGACCUGCCCGACGCCAUGACGCCGACCGAGGUGACAGAGAAGCUCGGCCUGUUGAGGAUGAAGGACCGCAGCUGGUACUGCCACCCGUCCAACGCGCUUGACGGCGAGGGCCUCUUUGAGGGCCUCAACUGGCUCUCGCAGAACAUCAAGGCGCAGAAAUGAGCGCGCUCGCCGGCCGCUCUCACCUAGAUCGCCCACCAGCACUUCGCCACUUUCAUCUCUGCGCGAUCGCGCUCUCCAGCAUAUCUUAGUCGCCGUGCCACACCCCGUCUCUCUCACUCGCACGGUCCUCCCUCAUGCACCCUCCUCGUCGCACGAUACCCAUACGCCCACUCGCUCUCGACGUCGCCGUCACCUAUCUUCUAGCAGUUCUAGCCUCUCCAUCGUUGUACCUUUGCCGUCGUGCCGCCUAGCACCUCUUGUCGUCCCGGCAGCCCUUCCCCCCUUUCCCCUCCUCUCUCGCUCCCCCUUCCGGUCACUCUCUCUCUUGAUCGUCCUCUCACGGUAAUACCAAGACGGCCCUCAGUCCU